ACUGGGAGGAGUGCGGAACGCCCGCUACGGGUAGGGGUGGGGAUUUGGGUGACGCAUUUAAAAGACAGCGUGAGACUCGCGCCCUCCGCACGGAACAGGCCGGGCAACAGGUGUCGCUUGAAAAGACUGGGCUUGUCCUUGCUGGUGCAUGCGUCGUCGGCCUCUGGGCAGCAGGUUUACAAAGGAGGAAAACAACUUCUUCUAGAUUUUUUUUUUCAGUUUCUUCUAUAAAUCAAAACAUCUCAAAAUGGAGACCUAAAAUCCUUAAAGGGACUUAGUCUAAUCUCGGGAGGUAGUUUUGUGCAUGGGUAAACGAAUUAAGUAGUUAACUGGUGUUUUCCUAUACAAAGAAUGCUAAUUUUAUAAACAUGAUCAAGUUAUAUAAGGUAUAACUAUAAUGAGUUUGGUUUUGAAUUUGAUUUGUGGAAGUAAAGGAGAAGUGAUUCUAGCUGGGGCAUAUUGUUAAAGCAUUAUUUUCAGAGUUGGGCAGGCAAUCUCCUACUGGCAUAUUCUCCCAUUAUGGAGAAUAGAAAUAGUACUUGUGUUUGGGAAAGAUUUUAAAAUGAGUGACAGUUACGUUGAACAAAAAGCUAAUAAUAAAUCCUCUGCAAACCAAAGAAAUAUGCAGAUGAAAGCUUUGACACAUUAAAAUACUUCUACAGUGACAAAGAAAAAUCAAGAACAAAGCUUUUUGACAGGUGCAACAAAUUUAGGGGAAGUAAAAAGAUAAAUGUGAUGAUUGGUCAAGAAAUUAUCCAGUUAUUUACAAGGCCAUUGAUAUUUUAAAAGUCCAAAAGUGUGUUUAAGUGGGCUGUUAUCUCUGAGAAUGAUGAGGAUGAGAGUGAUGGUUGAAGGCUACAUCUUAGGAAAUGAAGAAAUUUAGAAAGAAAAAUGAUAUAAAGACAGUGAUGAAUACAAAGAAGAUUUUUAUGACAAUGUGUAAAAUUUUUGGCCAGGGAAAGGAAUAUUGAAGUUAGAUAUAAUUACUUACCUUUGAGGGAAAUAAUUAUCAGUAAUGAGAUGUGAUGGUUCUCCUGCCACCUGGAAACAAAGCAUUGAAGUCUGCAGUCAAAAAGUCCAACAUCUCUGAGAUCCAGGAAACCAUGCUUGCAAAUCACUGGUGGAAAAAAAAAAAAAAAGCCACAAUGACUUUCUUAUUGGUCAUUGCUAGUAUUAUUGACUCAGAACCUCUUUACUAAUGGCUAGUAAGUCAUAAUUGAGAAAUUCUGAAUUUUGACAAGGUCUCGCUGUUGAAAUGGUAAAUUUAUUUAUUUAUUUUUUGUCACAAUAAAUUCUGGUUCAAGGUAUGCUAUCCAUGAAAUAAUUUCUGACCAAAACUACAUUGAUGCCAUUUGUUUAUCCAUCUUAGCCUAUAGAUGGCAUUUGGUAACUUUUGACUGUUUUAAAAAAUAAAUCCACUAUUAUCAGAGUAGAUUUGAUGUUGGCUUCAGAAACAUAGAGAAAAACAAAAGUUCAAAAAUGUUUUCAGUAGGUGAUAAGUUGAAUAACUCUACAGUGUUAGUUCUUGGAGGGAGACAAAAUUUUUUUUAAAAAAUCUUUGAAAGGUCUUAUUUUACAGCCAUAUCUAAAUUAUCUUAAGAAAUUUUUUAACCAAGGGAAUGAAAUAUAUAUCAUGAUUCUGUUUUUCCAAAAGUAACCUGAAUAGAGCAAUGAAGUUCAGUUUUGUUAUUGGUAGUUUCGGUAGAGUCUCUUUUUGCAGCACCUGUUGUCUACCAUAAUUACAGAGGACAUUUUGGUGUUCUAGCCAAGUAUACUCUGAGAAUAAAAAAAUGUUAACAUUAAGUUACUUCAACAGCAUGAAGCUGAGUCCAAAAGACCAAAUGAACAAACACAUUAAUCUCUGAUGAUUUAUUUUAAAUAGAAUAUUUAAUUGCAUAAGAUCUAAUAGUAUCAUUAUGCUUAAGCAAUUAUAUUCCUGAUGAUCUAUGGGAAAUAACUAUUAUUUAAUAAAUAUUGAAACCAGAUUUUCAGAUGUGUUAGCCAGUCUUGUUAUUAGUAAAGCUCUUUAUUUGGAGAGAAAUUUUAGAUUGUUUUGUUCUCCUUAUUAGAAGGACUGUAGAAAGAAAAAUAUGACUAAUUGGAGAAAAAUUUGGGAUAUACCAUAUUUCAUUGAAUUCAAAAUGUCUUCAAUUGUAAAUCAUACCAUUAUUGUAUGUACCUCUAAGAAAUAAAAGUGCUGCUAAUUAAAAUAUGAUAUGCCAUUAAUUAUAAUGCACUUCUUGAUAACAGAAGUUUUAAAAUAGCCAUCUUAGAAUCAGUGAAAUAUGGUAAUGUAUUCUUUUCUUCCUUUGAGAUAGGUGUUAUGCUUUUUUUCCUGGCUACUAAAUUUCACAAUUUCCAAAAAGCAAAAUAAACAUAUUCUGAAUAUUUUUACUGUGAAACACUUGAGAGCAGAGCUUUCCAUCAUGUAAAGAAGCUUCAUGAGUCACACAUUACAUCUUCGGGUUGAUUGAAUGCCACUGAAACAUUCUAGUAGCCUGGAGAAGUUGACCUGUCUGUGGAGAUGACUGCCAUUAACUGGCAUCCUGAUGGCCUAAUACACUUUACUCUUCUGUGAAGGGUUUUAAUCUUCAGCACAGCUUACUCUGUAGCAUCAUGUUUACAUUGUAUGUAUAAAGAUUAUACAAAGGUGCAAUUGUGUAUUUCUUCCUUAAAAUGUAUCAGUAUAGGAUUUAGAAUCUUUCCAUGUUGAAACUCUAAAUGCAUAGAAAUAAAAAUAAUAAAAAAAUUUUUCAUUUUGGCUUUUCAACCUAGUAUUAAAACUAAUAAAAGCAAAGCCAUGCACAAAACUACCUCCCCAGAGAAAGGCUAGUCCCUUUUCUUCACCAUUCAUUUCAUUAUGAACAUAGUAGAAAAUAGCAUAUUCUUAUCAAAUUUGAUGAAAAGUGCCAACACGUUUGAACUGAAAUACGACUUGUCAUGUGAACUGUACCGAAUGUCUACGUAUUCCACUUUUCCUGCUGGGGUUCCUGUCUCAGAAAGGAGUCUUGCUCGCGCUGGUUUCUAUUACACUGGUGUGAAUGACAAGGUCAAAUGCUUCUGUUGCGGCCUGAUGCUAGAUAACUGGAAAAGAGGAGACAGUCCUGUUGAAAAGCAUAAAAAGUUGUAUCCUAGCUGCAGAUUCGUUCAGAGUCUAAAUUCAGUUAACAACUCAGAAGCUACCUCUCAGCCUACUUUUCCUUCUUCAGUAACAAGUUCCACACAUUCAUUACUUCCGGGUACAGAAAACAGUGGAUAUUUCAGUGGCUCUUAUUCAAGCUUUCCAUCAAAUCCUGUAAACUCCAGAGCAAAUCAAGAUUUUUCUGCCUUGAUGAGAAGUUCCUACCACUGUGCAAUGAAUAAUGAAAAAGCCAGAUUACUUACUUUUCAGACGUGGCCAUUGACUUUUCUGUCGCCAACAGAUCUGGCAAAAGCAGGCUUUUACUACGUUGGACCUGGAGACAGAGUGGCUUGCUUUGCCUGUGGUGGAAAACUGAGCAAUUGGGAACCGAAGGAUAAUGCAAUGUCAGAACACCUGAGACAUUUUCCCAAAUGCCCAUUUAUCGAAAAUCAGCUUCAAGACACUUCGAGAUACACAGUUUCUAAUCUGAGCAUGCAGACACAUGCAGCCCGCUUUAAAACAUUCUUUAACUGGCCCUCUAGUGUUCUAGUUAAUACUGAGCAGCUUGCAAGUGCAGGUUUUUAUUAUGUGGGUAACAGUGAUGAUGUCAAAUGCUUUUGCUGUGAUGGUGGACUCAGGUGUUGGGAAUCUGGAGAUGAUCCAUGGGUGGAACAUGCCAAGUGGUUUCCAAGGUGUGAGUACUUGAUAAGAAUUAAAGGACAGGAGUUCAUCUGUCAAGUUCAAGCCAGUUACCCUCAUCUACUUGAACAGCUGCUAUCUACAUCAGACAGCCCAGAAGAUGAAAAUGCAGAGUCAUCAAUUAUUCAUUUUGAACCUGGAGAAGACCAUUCAGAAGACGCAAUCAUGAUGAAUACUCCUGUGGUUAAUGCUGCCGUGGAAAUGGGCUUUAGUAGAAGCCUGGUAAAACACACAGUUCAGAGAAAAAUCCUAGCAACUGGAGACAAUUAUAGACUCGUCAGUGAUCUUGUGUUAGACUUACUCAAUGCAGAAGAUGAAAUAAGGGAAGAGGAGAGAGAAAGAGCAACUGAGGAAAAAGAAUCAAAUGAUUUAUUAUUAAUCCGGAAGAAUAGAAUGGCACUUUUUCAACAUUUGACUUGUGUAAUUCCAAUCCUGGAUAGUCUACUAACUGCCAGAAUUAUUAAUGAACAAGAACAUGAUGUUAUUAAACAGAAGACACAGACAUCUUUACAAGCAAGAGAACUGAUUGAUACUAUUUUAGUAAAAGGAAAUAUUGCAGCCACUGUAUUCAGAAACUCUCUGCAAGAAGCUGAUGCUGUGUUAUAUGAGCAUUUAUUUGUACAACAGGACAUAAAGUAUAUUCCCACAGAAGAUGUUUCAGAUCUACCAGUGGAAGAACAGUUGCGGAGAUUACAAGAAGAAAGAACAUGUAAAGUGUGUAUGGACAAAGAAGUGUCCAUAGUGUUUAUUCCUUGUGGUCAUCUAGUAGUAUGUAAAGAUUGUGCUCCUUCUUUAAGAAAGUGUCCUAUUUGCAGGAGUACAAUCAAGGGUACAGUUCGUACAUUUCUUUCAUGAAGAGGAACCAAAACUUUGUCUAAACUUUAGAAUUAAUUUAUUAAAUGUAUUAUAACUUUAACUUUUAUCCU